AUGGGUUCAAUAUUCAACUACAAUGGGGGUUGCGUUUUAGGGAUGAGUGGAUCGGACUGCGUUGCCAUUGCAUGUGAUAUGAGACUUGGAUCAAAUAAUUUUACAACUGUCAGUACAAAUUUUACGAAAAUUUUUAAAAUGAAUGAUCAUGUAUAUGUAGGAUUAAGCGGACUAGCCACAGAUAUUCAAACACUUUAUGAACUGUUAAGGUACCGUGUAAAUAUAUAUCAGAUAAGACAAGAAACUGAAAUGGAUGUUGACUGCUUUGCAAAUAUGUUAUCAAGCAUACUAUAUUCAAAUAGGUUCUCCCCAUAUUUUGUUAACCCAAUAGUUGUUGGUUUCAAAAUAAAUCAUACUAUUGAUGAUGAUGGAAACAAAUCUAUUACAUAUGAGCCUUACUUGACAGCCUAUGAUUUAAUAGGUGCAAAAUGUGAAACCAAAGAUUUUGUUGUUAAUGGAGUUACCAGUGAACAGCUCUACGGAAUGUGCGAGUCGUUGUAUAUAAAGGAUCAGGACGAGAACGGAUUAUUUGAAACCAUUUCACAAUGCUUGUUGAGUGCCUUGGACAGAGACUGUCUAUCAGGAUGGGGAGCUGAAGUUUACGUUUUAACUCCUGAUAAAAUUAUCAAAAAGAAACUGAAGACAAGAAUGGACUGA